UUGAGAAAUACUUAUUAAUUUAAACUUUGAGCUUAGUACAAUGAUAAUAUUUCAAUUUUUUGUAUGAGAAACUUUAUCUGCUCUCUAACACCUGAACACUAAAUUCUUAUUUCCAUUCCAGAAGUUCCUAGUUUAUCUCUUGCUCUUUGGGUCACAUUAUAACAAAGUGAAUUAAAUGGAAGAAGCAAAUCGGUCUGUGGUGUCAGAGUUUAUUUUUAGUGGACUUUGUAAUUCAAGGGAGCUCCAAAGCUUCCUCCUACUGCCAUUUUCUAUGCUCUACCUGAUGACUGUUGUAGGCAACCUCCUCGUUGUGCUCUUGAUCAUCUCUGAUCCUCAUCUCCAUUCCCCCAUGUACUUCCUCUUGGCCAAUCUUUCAUUUGUUGACUUCUGCCUUUCCUCAGUCACCACCCCUAAACUAACCACAGACUUCCUAAAGGAUAACAAGACCAUCUCCUUUAGAGGCUGUAUGAGCCAGAUUCUCUGUGUGCACUUCUUUGGAGGUGGUGAGAUGGUGCUGCUUGUGACAAUGGCCUAUGACCGUUAUGUGGCCAUCUGCAAGCCACUCCAUUACUCCAGCAUCAUGGACAGACAAAAGUGCCUCUGGCUAGUUUUGAUAUCAUGGAUCAUUGGCUUUGUGCAUGCCAUGAGUCAAAUGGCAAUGAUUCUGGAACUGCCAUUCUGUGGACCCAGAGUAGUGGACAGCUUUUUCUGUGAUAUCCCUUUGGUGAUCAAACUAGCCUGCAUGGAUACACAUACUCUGGGAACAUUGAUAAACACUGACAGUGGGGUCUUGGCAACAACCUGCUUCAUUCUCUUGCUGAUAUCCUACACCUAUAUCCUAUUAACUGUUCGCCUUCUCACUAAGGAUGGGCCAUCAAAGGCACUCUCUACCUGUGUUUCCCACAUCAUAGUGGUGGUGUUGUUCUUUGGACCCUGCAUCUUCAUCUAUCUGUGGCCACUCAGCACCACUUGGGUGGACAAGUUUCUUGCUGUGUUUUACACAGUCAUCACGCCUCUCCUGAAUCCAGCCAUUUACACACUGAGAAAUAAAGAGAUUAAAAAUGCUGUAAAGAGACUGGUAAGUCACCAUAUGAAUUCAAGGGAUAAUUUUUAG